UUGCUCACCAGCAACGAGCGCCACGCCCCCGCGUUUGCGGCAGCGCAGAUGAUGGGCACCGAACUUGUGGAGAAUGGGUCAGAAUGUGUGGUGAGACUUGAGGUCCAUACUCUGAAAACACUGAACCAUCAACUGAGAACCACCAUCGAAAGCCUGAAACUAAAGAUUCUCCAACUUGAAAAAGAGAGCAUACGCCAGCUCCUAAUCAUCUCCGGACUAAUAGAAGAGAACCACAGGUUGAGGAGGCAUGAAUGUUCACUAAGUUCAGAACAGUUGGAGGGUGAACGUAAUGAGAUAAACGGAGAAGCAAUUAUUAGGGACUGUUGUGACCUGCACUGUGGUCAUAAAUAUAUUGAGGGACAAAUUACUAACUUGAAAAAGCACCAACAUUUGGUAGAAAACGAUGGGGGUUGUCUCACACUACAAACCAUGUCUCAGAUGGAGCAGGUACAAACACCAAAGUUGAUCAGAGAGAUAGGUGGAGGACUGAAUGGAAAAGUGUGUCUUGUGGAGGUGAACGGUCUUCGCUGCAUUACGAAGAGACCACGGGACACCUCAUCUUCCACCCCUGCCAGCACAGGACGAGCUCUUAAAGUCCACGCCAACUUUCACAGGGAGAUACAAGUCCUACCACAAUUACAUCAUCCACACGUCAUCCAGUUUCUGGGAGUACACUUUGAACCUGGUGGCUUGGCACUCGUCAUGGAGUACCUGCCACUUGACCUGGAUGUGUUACUCUCUACAUGCCGGGGACAUUUCCCCCUGCCCCUUCAAUUAUCAGUUCUCCAUGAUGUCUCCCUGGGAAUGCAGUACCUCCACACCAGGGGCAUCGUUCACUGUGAUCUAACUCCCGAUAAUAUCCUGCUAUCAUCUGCUCUCCAAGCAAAGAUUGGUGACUUUGGAUCCUCAAAGCCGCUCGGUAGCAGAGAUAUCACCGGAUAUCCACCAGAUAUGGCACCGCAUUUUCGUACUUACAUGCCGCCAGAAGUGUUUGAACCCAACUUUCUCUACACUGACAAGUUGGACGUGUUCACUUAUGGAGUGUUGGCUCUGUACGUGGCUACACAGAUGUUCCCAGUCCGGUACAUGGGGAGUGGGGUGAGUGAGGAGGCCAGGGAGAGAGGAGAGGUGGAGCUGGAGAGACACGGACAAGUCUUCUCGAUGCUGGAGCACCAGGGCCACUGUCUCGUGUCACUCAUCACAGAGUGUCUGCAGGAUGAAAAGGAGAGAAGGAUGAGUCCACGAGCCAUCACAAGCAUACUGGAGGUCAUGUCAAGACAUAAUUCAGACAACAAUCGAUACCCUUCCUCCCGGCCUCCACCCCCUUACAACAGUGGUAGUCAACAAAGGCAAAAUUAUGGGGGUUCCUUCACUCAUCCAUACGGUGUUCCCACAACAACAAACGCUGGAGUCAAUUUCAACUCUGGUGGCACAAAUUCUCAAAGACGUCACAGUGAACAGCUGGGGGGAAUGGGAGAGGUAGGAGGAAAGAGAGGUGGAGAUUUCCCACGAAGUCAGUCUCCUAAUAGCUCAUCUGGUACCAACAGCAGCAAUAUGGGCGCCGCGAUGGCUAAGUUGAGUCCUGCUGGGAAACCACCUGUCGCACCACUGAAUGUACCGUCCAGUGGAAGGAGUGGCAGGCCGGCUACUGGACCAGUGAGGGCUGCUCAUACAGUGCAAGGGAUGCGGGAAAGAUCACAGAGUGUGGAGUCGACCGAGGAGAGCGAGUCGGCCAUCGAGAUGGGAGGAGGGAUGAGGGGGAGAAUGCGAGAUGUUGAAGGUGGUGCUGUGUUGAUAAGUGUGACUUCAACCAGUCAGGCUGGGGACAGUUCCAACCUCGCCCGACCUCCACUGAGCUCUGUCACAAGAAGAGAAGGUGGUGUACCUUCUACCAUCAGUACUGGACCCACUGCCAGCCAAGAACCACUCAUGCGUCGGGGCAGCAGUGGAUCUCCCUACAAUAGUGGUGAUAUUCGUUCUGGUGAAGGGGUCAUAGGUCAGCCCCACUCUUCCCAGUUCCCUACUGGUACCUCUGACCAGAGCAAGGCCAAGGCUGUUACUGGUGAAGGAUCUAUCGAUUUCUCGCAGUACAAACGAGCAUUGUCAAAGACAUCUAGCUCUGGAUCGAGCUACGAGGCACUCCCGGGCACCAAACGCUCAACCAGCCGUGACGAAGACCUCUUUGAACUGAGCGAGCAGCGUGACAAGGAGGUGACUCAGCUCACAGAGAGACUGAGUUCUGUGGAGGGGGAGAAAGAGCAACUGAGGAAAGAGAAGGAAAAACUGGAGAGGAAGUUGAAUGAAGCGGAGCAGGUUGCCGCCCAAGCUGAUGUCGCAGUAACAGAGGUCAGCAGGCUUGAAGCAGAGUUGAAAAAGGAAAGGGGUGACAUGAUGAAGCUGCUGCGAGCAAGACAGACAAGCCCCGAGGCAGAAGGAAGAUCAUUAAGCCUGAAACUGAGUCAUGAGCUUGACAUUGUGCGGGCUAAACUAGAAUACGAAGUUUCUGCCAGAGCAGCCGCGGAACAAGAGAUGAGCAGUCUGAAACAGAGUCUAGUGGUGAGUGGUCGGCGUGGAGGCACGGACAUUGUCAGCAAACUACGAGAGAGAGUAACCGAAUUGGAAGGCAAUGUUGAUGGACUCCGGCAGGCGCUAGCUGGGAAGGAGCACACACUUGUCGAGAAAGAAACAGAGACAAAGAGACAGAAUCAGGUCCAGGCACGCACCAUUGCGGACCUGCAGUCCAAGCUGAGUGAAGCGAGACAGCAACGAGAGGAGCUGCGUCAAUCAUCGGGGAGUGGAGCUAGAUCUCCUGGCGCUGGGUCUAGGACUGCCGUCACCUCACCCGACGUGGCAGCCAUGGCAAAACAACUAAGGGAGAAGGAAGAAGCCAUCCAGAUGUAUUCCCAGCAGCUGCAACAGUUUGAGAAGACUGCGAGAGAAGUGACAAAGAUCACCCAACACUCCAAGCAGCAGAGCCUGAAAGUUGCCACUCUCAAAGAGAACCUUGAUCAUACUCAGGAAGCCUUGGGAAAGAAGGAGGCAGAGUUGAAAGCAGUUCAAGCUGAACUCACUGGAAUGAAGACACACUAUGACAACAUUUUAGAACAAAGACUACUAAUAGUGUGUGUAGCUCAACUGGCCGAGAAAGAGGAGAAGAUGAAGAAACUAAGAGAGGAGACUGAGGAUCUAAGUGGCCAAGUGGCCCAGCUAGUAGAGGCGGAGGCCAAAAGGUCUGAGGGCGAGCAAGCUCUCCAGAGGGCACAGACACAGCUGAACCACUGGAAGCAGAAGUCGGUACAGCAAGACAUGGUCCUCCAGACCAACAAUCAGAUGGAGGGACUGAAGACGACGGUCUCGGCCCAGGGGAAGGAGGUGGAGAGACUACAGAGAGAAAACGACACUCUCAGAGGAGACAUGGAGACUCACAAACUAACUGCCAUGACGUACAAGGAGGAUUUUGAGUCAGAGAGGAAAGACAGGGAGGCAGUCCACACCAAGAUAGCCGAAAUGGAGACCCGCUACCGUCACCAGUUGGAGGCCAUAGGGGAAGAGCUGCGGAGGGUGACAGACGAGGCCAGGAGACACAGGGAGGCUGUGGCAACUAAAGAAGACGAGCUGCACACACAGAUAUCUGCUUUUCGUGGGCUCAUUCAGGAGGAGGUGAUGUCCAAGACCCAGCAGGUGAAGCAGUACAAGAAACAGAUUGACCAACUCAGCUCAGAGGUAGCCACCUCCAAACAGCAGGCUCAGGGUCACAUAGAACAGAUUGAGUUCUAUGCCAAGAAGACGGAGGAAUACGGGAGACAGAAAACGUUCAGAGAGAUACACGAGAGAAAGAUUGUGCAACUGGAGGCUCAGUGUGACAGACUCAGGGCCGAGAAUAAUGAACUUCGCUCUAAGAUGGAUGCAUUGAAGCUGCCAGCAUCCAGUGCGGCAUUGCAGUCGAGGACUCCUCCACUAAUGAAGGCACACACACUGGGUGGUGGUCCCGCGAGGCCUGUGGAUGGGGGUCUUCCAAGCAAGUAUCACGUAGGUGGACAACAUGGGCCAAGUUCACCAACCCAUGCAGACCGCAGUCACAACGCAGGAUACCCACCAAACUAUCAGCUCCAUCACUCCAAUCACAGCCCACCAAACCACCAGCACCACACGGCAACUCCUCCCUACUCUAAUGCUGGGCCCAUUCCCAGGCAGGGGACGGUGGGUGGACAGCCUAGUAACUACACCCCAGCUCCUCAAUUCAGCAGACAAGAUUCCCCUUACGCUUCACUGCCCAGCUCUGGCCUUGGCUACGCUCCCCCACCAGCCGGUGAAAUGGUGGACAAAGACUCUCCACCAAACUCAGGCGUCGGUCUGGGGGUCCAACUUCUUCCAGGCCAGCAGCGACGGGCACACAGUCAUCAUAUGUUGAGCAUGGCCACCUCUGGAAACGCAGCAGGGAGAUAUCCUGCUCCUCCUCCACCUAAUGCCCUCUCCAGACCUCCAGCUCAAGGCUAUCAACCACAAGGGCACCAGCAACCUCCACCCAUCUACUCCAACCUUCCAAUGUACAAUACUAGAGCCUCUGGCAGCGGUGGGGUCCCGGUCCAGGGGAAACAUUACGGGAACCCAGAGAGACAGGCACAUGCAGCAAUGCGACAACCCCACACUCAAGAUAUUGCGUCAAUAGCCAGAAGGGGUCCUCAGCUUUCAACUCCCACAGAGGAGACGUACCGACGACGCUUCCCGAAACCGCCACUAGAAGGAUAUGUGCAGCCUCAGCAAGCAUCGUCCUCACACCCGGUUGCCGGGCAACGUCCAGCCGUGCAACCAAUGGUGGGUGGAGCCUCGGGGAACUCUACCAUCAGACCGUCAACAAGUGCUGGAGACAUCUCGAAAGGCAUCGACAAUGUUAUAGAGGAGACGGUGUCUAAAGUCAGGGAGGACGAGCAGGUGGCGGAGGGAGAUGGUGGGGAGGGGAUACCCUAUGAUCCAAACCUCGUUUGCCCCAAGUGCAGGAUGAAAUUUCGAGAGGGAGAGAUUCAGAAGUUUCGGAGGCAUGUUUCCUCGGCCCACAAGUGAAGAACGAGUUGUUUUUUACAAAUUUGCAAUAAUAGUUGUGUGACUCUGACCAUUUAUAAGUACUAUCACUCUCAUGUGAGAUUGUUCUGGCCUCGUUGCA